AAAAUUACCGUCACCACUAGGGACGGUAAUUUCAGUUAAUGGAGCCGGAGCCAGGCUCAAAGGUCACUCGUAAAUUAUAUCGUACGAGUACACGUAUCAUGCUACGAUAGCACAGGUAUUACUCAAUAUGUUUCACGUGAGAUACCUUACUAUACACGUUCUUAAUUCUUAUUGGUCGCUAUCUACCUAUAUAAAGCGCCACACCUAAAGUAAAGUCAUUCGCUCUUUCGCUUCAUAAGCUACGGGUACUGUAAAGAAACAUUUGAAUAUGCCUAAACGUUCGCGUUUGUCUGGAGGAGAUGAGUUUUCUCGCCUUUCUACCGAGGUGCUUGGUCUGCGACUACAAGCCCUCAACCUGCCCUCUGGUGGAACACGGCAGCAACAAAUAGAUCGCCUCCGGCAAGCCACUCGAGGCGGUGAGGAGGCUUCACCUUCAGCCCCGAGGGGCAAAAGGGGGCGCCAAGCGCCCACCAGUCAUCCGACGGAUCCGACCACCAGUCAUCCGACGGAUCCGACCGGUUUUUCUGAAGCCCAGCUGUCGGUAAUACGGAAAACUGUGUCCGACGCUCUCGCAAGUUGGCGACCACCACAACAGGACACUCCAUCACCACCAGUCGUCGCAAGCGAAGGCACUCCUGGCUCGGCGUCUCCCUUGGUUCUCGAUCGCCCAUUGGACGAGGCACUAGAGGGCAAGAUUACUCGGGGUGAGUACAUCGAUCUUGCUCUCCUUCUCCCCGAUAAUCUUGCGCACGCCGGGCCCGAAUUCCAACUUGGUUUCGCCGAGAACUCGGAGAGCGUCAGGCUCUUGCGCAAUAAACGACAGAGCAUAGACUCAUUCUAUAAAUGGGUCAUCGCAUACACGCGGUAUGCGCUUACGAUCGUCACGGCAUUUCCAAGACGGGCCCGGGAGAUGAUCCAAUACCAAGCGAUCAUUUCAUCCGCGGCGGCAAAAUACCGGGGUUUUGCGUGGCUCACAUAUGAUGAGAACUUUCGCCGCUAUGCCGCUCAGGAUCGCUCAAUUCCCUGGGAUCGUGUCAAUCUUGAACUGUGGACGGUAACAUUCGCCGGGUUGGCUAAACCGCACUGCGCUUCGUGUUCCAGCCCCUUCCAUCGCUCCGAAGACUGCCCUUCUGGUCAACACCGCCUCGCCACACACCGCUCACCGCGCAUUCAUCGUAACAACGUGUGCUUCGACUUCAACCGAGUCACCGGCUGUUCCCGUCAAGCCUGCAUCUACCCCCACGUUUGCCAAAAAUGCGCCGACUCCCAUCCCGCUCACCAGUGUCGCGCCGGAAUCUCCGCAUCCGCAGGCCAGCGCCAUGGCAACAGAAGCCAAGCUCCGGGUCGCCCAGCUGCACAGUAAAAGAAAGGCAACGAUAAGUACACCGAUUAAAAUAGAUCUUCUAGAACAGGAACUAUCGUACCAUCCAGAUCGUGAAUUCGUGACUUCCCUACUUAAUUCGUUACGUUUCGGUGCCCGCAUCGGUUUUGAUGGCACCCAAAAGUCUCGUGUUUCACCUAAUCUUAUUUCAGCUCGGGUGCACCCUGAGAUAAUUUCAAAAAACAUAGAAAAAGAGGUCAACUUAGGUCGUAUGGCAGGCCCGUUCUCCGCGCCCCCAUUACCUAACUUUCAAUGCCACCCAGUUGGGGUAGUGCCCAAAAAACAUUCGGCCGACUGGCGCACUAUUUAUCAUUUAUCUUUCCCCGAGGGAGAUAGCAUUAACGAUGGAAUUCCUAAAGACCCUUACUCACUCCAGUACGUUAGAGUGGACGACGCUAUUAGCAUUCUCACCUCACUCGGCAAACGUGCCUUUAUGGCAAAAACCGACCUCAAAUCGGCGUUUCGUCUAAUUCCAAUACACCCGAACGACUGGAAUUUACUGGGGGUCCGUUGGGAGUCUCGUUAUUAUGUGGAUUUAUAUUUGCCUUUUGGUUUACGCUCGGCGCCGUUUUUAUUUAAUCAACUCUCCGAAGCGCUAGAGUGGGUUCUUUAACAUAAUUACAACGUUCGUAAUGUUAUUCACAUAUUGGAUGACUUUUUCGUAGCGGAGUCAUCUAAACUAGGCUGUUUAGAGAGUUUCACAAGACUGCUUAAAUUCUUUAUCUCAGUGGGGGCCCCUGUUGUGGCUUCCAAAACAAUCGGUCCUAGUACUACACUUGAAUUCAUGGGAAUCGAGCUCGAUACCCUACGUAUGGAGGCGCGCUUACCUUCCGAUAAAUUAGAACGUCUUAAAGCAUCCUUGCGGGAUUUCAAGCGAAAGCGUUCCGCUCGCCUCAUAGAGCUUCAAUCCUUAAUCGGCACUUUGCAAUUCGCCUGCCGCGUUGUUGUUCCGGGUAGAACUUUCCUUCAGCGCAUCAUAGAUCUCACGCGUCGGGUAAAUCACCGAUUUCAUCACGUCAAAUUGAGCCACGGUUUCUUUCAAGAUUUAGCAAUUUGGCAGCAGUUUACGGAGAACGGCAAAGCUUUCUUCCUCGAAGAAGCAAUCCGAACCAGCCCGGAUAUGGAACUCUAUUCCGACGCUAGCGGUAGUAUCGGUUUCGGCGGUUACUUCUCUGGGCGCUGGUUCCAAGGCCGAUGGCCGCCUCACCUCGCCAUAUCCAAAAAGACAGGCAUUAGUAUCGAAUGGCAAGAAUUAUUUCCUAUAGUAGUAGCCUGCUCCCUAUGGUGCUCCGAGUUCUCGGGCAAGCGAAUUCAGUUCUGGUGUGACAAUCAAUCAGUCGUUCACAUUGUCAACACAGGUCACUCAAAAGCGCCCAGGAUUAUGUCACUUAUGCGUCACUUAGUAGGCAUUUCCAUGGCUCACAAUUUUGUUGUGCGUUGUCGCUUCGUACCAGGUCAUUUCAACGGCAUUUCUGAUGCACUUUCUCGGUUUCAGAUGGCACGAUUCAGAGAGCUCGCACCGGCCGCGGACCAGACCCCUUGUGUCAUCCCGCCUUCGCUAAUGACCCUCUAACGCGCGAGGUGAAACACUACGCUGAUAAGGCCCUUGCUAUCAACACCAAACGCACUUAUCACGCAGGCGAGAAACAGUUCAUUGACUUCUGCCUCAUGAAUAGGCUUUUUGACAGCCACGGAGACAUUCUCCCAGCUAGUGAGAGUACUCUUAUCUAUUUUGUUACCUUUCUCGCGCGUAGAGUAAAGCACGGUACUAUUCGCACAUACUUGGCGGCCGUUCGCAACAUGCACAUCGAAAACGGAUUUCAGGACCCUAUACAGGGUCGCCUAAUUUUAAACAAGGUUUUGCGGGGCAUUUUACGGGUGCAGGGUCAGCACAAAACAGCUCGUCAACCCGUAACUCCACAGCUCUUAAAAGCCAUUCGUCCGGUUUUGCUUAGCUGGCUAAGCGCACAUAAUUUCCAUAUGAUUUGGGCGGCAUUCACACUUGCCUUUUUUGGUUUUUACGUUGUAGUGAGUUUACUUGCCCAGGCGUACGCAACUUUGACAUAGUUUAUAACUUAUCUCCAGUCGACAUAAAUUUCCACCCUAACCCUUCAGCACCGCUUUACAUGAAAGUCGUCAUUAAGGCAUCCAAAACCGACCCUUUCAGGCAAGGCACCGUUUUGACAAUCGCACGCUCCGGUUGCGACCUAUGCGCCGUGUCCGCGAUGCAAGAGUUCGUUCGCAUCUGUGGGUACACAACAGGACCACUUUUUCGGUUUCGUUCCGGUAAAUACCUAACUCGGUCAUUGGUCUCUAGCAUUCUUAGAGACGCAGCACGCGCUUGCGGCCUUCCUCAUAGCAGUUUAAAGGGGCACUCAUUUAGAAUUGGGGCGGCAAGCUGCGCUGCCGCUGCAGGCCUGCCCGACUGGCUUAUCAAAGUGCUUGGUCGUUGGUCCUCUGAUUGCUACCAGCUUUACGUACGUACACCACAAAACAUUUUAUUAACUGCUGCACCAAAAAUGGCGAUAGUCCAGCCUGUCACGCUGACUUAAGCAUUGUUGUUAUUGCGCUUGGGGGGAUGCAUUCUGCAUCUUGUGGCGGUUAGUUCUGUCUGACGACUUCCCCAAGCGGGGUUUGUUUGCUAUAAGGUGUGCUUGUGCGUUUGUGGACCAGCCAAUACUCUCGUCCGAUCCUUCACGCGGAGUGUAGGGGAGAUGAGUGAGGCCUAAAGGUCAUAUGCUUACACUACAGUUGCUACGUCACGCGCUAGUCGUCACGUCACGCUAACUCGCUUUCGAUCGGUCUGUCUCCCCCCCAUAUUCUGCCAUAGUCGUGCCUAGUGUAUUCAUUGCGUUGCAAAGCGGGCAUUUCCUUUUCACGCGUAAAGCGACAUUAAUCCAAAAUUACCGUCACCACUAGGGACGGUAAUUUCAGUUAAUGGAGCCGGAGCCAGGCUCAAAGGUCACUCGUAAAUUAUAUCGUACGAGUACACGUAUCAUGCUACGAUAGCACAGGUAUUACUCAAUAUGUUUCACGUGAGAUACCUUACUAUACACGUUCUUAAUUCUUAUUGGUCGCUAUCUACCUAUAUAAAGCGCCACACCUAAAGUAAAGUCAUUCGCUCUUUCGCUUCAUAAGCUACGGGUACUGUAAAGAAACAUUUGCCCACCCUCCCCCCCUUUUACUGACAGGUUUCUUUGUGUGUACAGGCAGUGUUAGCUUGGCGAUCAACUGUAAACAAGUAUUAACUUAAUCAUUGCUUUAUUAUUGAAAUAAACCGGGGAGUAUCUCCGAGA